ACCACCUCUUUGCUGAAGGUUUCAAGACACCUCAAAAUGCUGGUGGCCCAGAGAUCUCUGAAGACGGUGGUAUUUCUAGUUAUCCUUAUCUGUGCUUGUUUGGGAAUAUCUCAUGAAACUCAAAAGAAAAGGACAGUGUCUGAGUACCAGUUCAUGCAUGAUAAAGGGAAGACCAUGCAAUCCCUGAAAAGGCUAAUGUGGUUAUACAAUGCCAUGGGUGGGGUGCACUCUGCCAGGGGCAGUGCUCCUUCCUACUCAAACAGUCUGUGGAAACUGCAGAAGCGCCUGACCCAUCCUAGUCUGUACAGAGAUACAAGUGGGGUGAACACUCACAACCUGGUGAAGCAAAUGCUGAUUAGCCUGAUGACGGAUGCCCAGCCUACUAGAUUGUAAAAUCCACCCAGACAGAAGUAAUUUCUUAUCCAAGCUUCGUGCCUGGAAUAGUGCUCUGUAUACAGGAGCUGAUUAAUAAAUGCUAGUUGAAUGAAUGCAAUUGAAUGGUGUUGGAGCAGGGGGCUUCCAUGUUAAUGAAGAAUAAUACAGAUCAUCUAGGUAUGACGGAAUUAUCUCCAUCAGUUGAAACUGAUGCGAAUAGUAGCAAGAAAAAAAUUGUUAUGCUCAGAAAAAUAAUCCUUCUCCUACUCCAAGAGCACCCUAUCUUUUUUUUUGUUUCAUGGACUUCUUUGCCAGUCUGGUGAACCCUUCUCAGAAUAGAUGUUUUAAAAAAUGCAUUCAUUCACUCUGUAUAUCAUCUGAUAUAUAUUUUCACUUGAACUUCUCCAUCAUUCCCUGGCUACUCUACCCAGCCAGCUUUCCCUUAUAAUAAAGCUAGAAAGAAAGAAAGAUCAGUUCAGUAAAAUACCAACUGAUACAUACGCUAUAAAAUAUACAGGAUUGCAAAAGAAGCCAAUUAUAUUGAAAUACAUUAUCAAAAUAUUAAAAAUACAAGUUC